AUGCAGUGUGAAAAUUGUAAAAUAAAACUACUAUCUACUGAUUAUGCAGUGAUUAAUAAUAAUAAUUAUUGUUUAAAUUGUCUUUCGACAAAUCCAUCAUUGUUCAAUAAGAAAAAAUCAUCGUCAAAUCAUCCAACUGAACAAUCUUCAAAUCAUGAAACAUCAACAAAAGAAUGUCAAGUAUGUUUUGAUGAUAAACCCAAACAAGACUUCAAGAUACAAUAUAGUAGUGGAUGUCGUCAUACCGAACGUUCAAUAUGUGAUAAUUGUGUUUAUCAACAUGUCAAAGAAGCAAUGAAUAAAAUGUGUACGGAUGACGUUCAUUGUCCUGAAUUAAACUGCCGUAUUGAUUUCAAAUAUUCAACAGUUCAAAAAAUAUUAUCCAAUAAUAGAGAUCGAGGAUUAUUAGACAAAUAUGAACGAUUUGUUUUUCAUAGACAAUUAGAAAAAAUGCGAGAAUUUAUUUGGUGUGCACAUGAAUGUGGAAUGGGACAAUUAAAUGAAGGUGAACAUAGAAAUAAUAUUGUUACAUGUGUUAAAUGUUAUAAAAAAACAUGUUUUACACAUAAAACAGAAUGGCAUCAAGGGUUAACAUGUACUCAAUAUGAUGCUGUGAAAAAUCCAGAGCUUCAAGCUUCACAACGUUGGAUUGCACAAAAUUGUAAAAAAUGUCCAAAAUGUUCUUAUCGUAUAGAAAAAGUAGAUGGAUGUGAUCAUAUGACAUGUGGUAAAUGUCAUUAUGAAUUUUGUUGGUCAUGUUUAGCUGAUUAUGAAGCUAUUCGACGACAUGGAAAUCAUCGGCAUGAUUCUAAUUGUAAACACUAUGCACGAUAUCACAGUUAA